GUCAGAAGAAGCAAACAGUUCAUAAGCACGGCCACGGAUCGCUGUGUAUUUCCGUGAGCUUAAUUGGGAGCGAUAUACCGGAUCCCGCAAGUGUGGUGUCGAACGGGAGCCUCAAUUUUACCUAAAAAAACGAAUCAAUAGCGUACGGGAUCUCGAAUCGAAUUGGGAAGUGCAAAUUUGUUGAGCGCAAGAAUUUAUGAACUGUCAAACGGGAGUCGUCGCGAGUGACACAAAAUACACAGAGCAGCGCAACAAGAGCAGUGAAGAGACAAAGAGAGAGAGUAAGUGAAAUCAAUCCCUUGCGGAGAGACAGAACGAGACGGACAAAAACAUUCGUUUUAUAGUGUCGCGAAAAAGUCGCGUUUUCCGAUCGGCCGCCCAGUAGUCGUCGUCGCGCAUAAUCCGACGGGCAAUUCGGAUUGAAUCUGAUCAAAGAAUCGAUAACAAGUGGCCAAGAACAAACCAAUCGCCGGGGUUAGCGGUGCAAAACUUGAAGAAUUUCUCCGGAUGGAAACCAUCGAAGUAAAUUCCAAUCUAGAAUUUUGACUUUUCACAGCGAAGAACAAGCAGUGGAAACAGGAGAAGAAGGCGAAGUAAUUUCAUUUUAACAAGAUUCCUGUUUCUUCGCUCUUCGUUGGUUGUUUCGCCUCCGCUUUGCUGCUCCUAUACACACUGCUAUAUUCUGGUUUCUUCGGUCACCUCGGCUGAGCCUUCGAACUGGCUGACGACGGCUCGGCAGUGCCAGUGUAUUCGUGUAGUGGGCAACUUGGAAGCGAAACCAACACCAGCGGAUGCACUCUCAAUCGUUUUGUUCGUUUCUUCGCGAGCAAGUAACCAGCUUCCAAGAAGUUCAAGAACUUGAGAGCCACAGCCACAGUGAGUAGCAGCGGCUGAGGCGCAAACCAAAAAAAAAGCGAAAAACUGGCCCCAGACAUUCGGUGUAUGCAGAACCGCGCGUGCAAUGAACGGAUUUGCCUGAUCGUGUUUGCAGUAGUGGCGAAUUAAGUACUCGAUGCCGGAAUGUGCUGGAACAGGAUCGUUCGGCCAGAUAUCAGCUUCAAACAACGGAAGAAAGCAAAGCUUGCCCAAAUGAGUAGAAACAAGUGAGCAAAGUGAAAGCAAACCUACACAUAAUAGUGCAAUGUGAAUCCUAGUUCAAAAUUGUUAUCUCAGUUUAUAGUUUUGGAUAUCUAAAGAUAAAAAUUGAAAUAAAUCAGUGCCUUCCGGAUAAGUGUGUCGAUUGGUGUGCAGGCAAAUACAAGAAAGAAGACAAGUGCGUGAUUGAUGUGUCUGGAAAAUGCCUCAUAACAGUUCUACCGGCGAUGAACUCGGCAGUACAGACGAGGUCAAAGUAUUCAAGGAUGAGGACCGGGAAGAUGAGAAGCCGUCGGAAAAUCUGCUGGAGGAGAAAUCGAGUCUGAUUGAUUUGACUGAAAACGAGGAGAAAACAGUGAAAAAUGGAACGAACCGACACGAGCAAAAUCCGAUGUACGGCAAGUUGCCACACGGGCAUCCUGGUUUUAACAUGGGCUAUCUUGUUCCUCCCUAUGCGUACCCUAAUGGAACCGCCGGAGGACUACCUGUUUCGAUGGCAAACAAGAUGGGACUGCCGCCCUUUUUCUGCCACAACGGUGACCAUUUAUCCUCGCCUCCUCCUGCCCAUUGUGGAAUUCUUCCUUAUCAGUUGGAUCCAAAAACAAUGGGACUUACGAGGCCUCCCCUGUACAGUUUUCCCACUAGCCAGUAUCCAUACCCGAUAUUGAGCCCUGACAUGCCCCUGGUCGCAUCGUCAUGGCAUACUCCUUCAAUGUAUGGUCCAGCAGCUGGGUUCCGCAAUCCGUAUCCGGCAUCCCUACAAAUCUAUACCUCACUCCCGAGUGAUUUCUAUCGUUAUUCCCCGGGACUCCUCCCAUCGGUGCAUACCCAUCCUAUGCUGAAUCCUCACCACGCCAUAAUCACACCCGGACCGAAGCAGGACAUUGCCAGCCAAGAAGCGUCCCGGUACAGUUCAGGCCGAUCGUCAAAUCCGCCUACGAUCAAACAGGAAGGCGGAGAUGAUGUUCCUCUAAGCCGAUUCUCGUCGAGUCACAAUCGAUCGUCCCACAAUAGCCAUCACAACCACUCGCAUCACGAACAAAGCAAUCACAUCAGCAACAACAACAACAACAAUAAUAAUAAUAAUCAUCAUCACAACAGUGGUAGCGGCCAGCAUCGAUCGCUUUCGGAUAAAGAGCUAGCGGCCGAGAAGAAAAAGAAUCAUGUCAAGAAACCGUUGAACGCGUUUAUGUUGUACAUGAAGGAGAUGCGCGCGAAAGUGGUAGCGGAAUGUACACUCAAAGAGUCGGCCGCCAUCAAUCAGAUACUGGGUCGGAAGUGGCACUCGCUCUCGCGGGAAGAGCAAAGUGUCUACUAUGAUAAGGCCCGCCAGGAACGGCAAAUGCAUAUGGAACUGUACCCGGGCUGGACUGCGCGGGAUAACUAUGGAUAUGGGGCGAAGAAAAAGAAGAGGAAAAAGGACAGAAGUCCGGCCGAUCCCGGUGGUAACAGUAUGAAGAAGUGCCGAGCGAGGUACGGCCUAGAUCAGCAGAAUCAAUGGUGUAAACCGUGCCGGCGUAAGAAGAAGUGCAUUCGCUACAAGGAGAUGACGGAUAGCGAGGAAGGAAGAGAUCAGGGAUCGGAUGAUGCUAUCGGAAGCUGCGGUAGUAUGGAUGACUCCAAGAGUCCAGAGGAUGAUCGUGAAUCACUGAAUCAGUCCAUGUCGAGCCCUAGGAGUAUGAGUGUACUGUCCAGUUUGCAGUCUCCUUCGACCAGCAUAGCAUCACCGUUGAACCUGCUGGCAAGUCCGGCAACACCAACCAACUACUACCACCAUCACGAUCAUCUGGGUCUGGCAUCAAUGAUUGCAGCCCAACAGCAACAGCAGCAGGCCCUCCAGAACAGUGACAAAUUGAACAAUAUUAGCAGUGACAGCGGUCUCAGUUCCCAGCUGAACAACAGUUACAGCAACAAUUUCAGUCCAUACAGCAAUCAUCACACGAUGCGGAACAAUUCCAGCCAGAACCAGACGAGUAGUAGUAGUACCAGCAAUAACCUCAGUUCAGGUAUCCCUAGUCCAGCCGGGAAUCUAAACGGUGGCAGCAACAGCAACAACAAGAAUCAUCACAGCAGCUCUGGCAGCAAUAGUCUUCCACCACAUCACCACCAGCCGCAUCCACCGGCUACGGGACCACCACCGAACGGUAGCAACAACAGUGUCUCAGCAUUGCAAAUUCCCCCGCAUCUUCAACAGCUCUCCCUGUCCGGUUCGUCACCACCCAUCGGUAAUAAUGGGUUAUCACUGCCACCAAACCACAUCAAGGAAGAACCGGGCUGUUUUCGAAGCAGUCCUCCAAACUUCCUCUUCCAUCAUCACCAGGCAGCUGCGGCGGCCAUGGCAGCGGCUGCAGCAGCCGCUCAUAUGCACAAGAACAACGGGGAUCUCACCUCCACCGGAGAUCUGUCCCGAAGUUCCAGCAGCACGACCAACAACGAUAGUGGCCGCAGCACCGGUAGUAGUCAAGCCAACAGCACUAGUGAUAGGUAGUCGAACGCCGAUAAGUCCACGAUGUCCUUGCGUCCGUGUUUAAGUGUACGUGUGUGUGUGCGUGUGUUCAACAAGCGAUGAUUACAAUUCGCCCAGUAGGCGACGAUCCCACGAUUCAAAGGGUUUCAACGGAUACAACGGAAGUGUCAAAGUCCUAACUGUGAUCCAAGCUGCGUCGUCUGUGUGUGUGUAAGUACGUACGUGCACAGGGAGAAUAACAGCGCGCCAACCCUACUUAAUUGAUCAUUUUUGAGGCUAGUUUCGAAGCCCAUUAUUAUCGCAGUCAUUGUUUGCAUUGAACCUGAAGCACAACCCGUUUAGCACGAACGAACGAAUGAACGACGGCAGCCCGCAAAACCAGGUGAUGAGCCGCUGGAAGAAAGAAGCAAAGCACGGGACGGGGGAAAAGAGAAUGCUUAAUUUGACACAUUGUACCCCCGCCGGAACCCCUACCGUUGGAUUCAGGACCCGCGACGAGGAUUGUAUUCCUGCAGGUCGUCAUCGUCGUCGUAGUCGUCGUCAUCGUCAUCAUCGCGCCCAAGUUCCGAGGCAUUUACGAAGUUAAUGGCAUUCAAAAUCGGAAAACACAGCAUCACUUAUUAAUCGUUUGUCCGUUGUUUAUGAGCAUGUUGAGCGAGAGAGCGAACGAACGAGAUGGUGUGCAGCAGGGAGCCAACGAGUGAACGCGAACGGGACGGCAGGGAACCGAAAGGUUUUUUUGUCUCCUCUUUAAUGGUUAAGUUUCUGUUUUCUUUUUAAACAUUCUUUUUAUCUCCUUUCUCAAAAAAAAACGAAGAAAUUAAUGUGAGUGUGUGAAACGAUCAAUCUCCUUCUUGGAAAAGGCAAGCAAUAAGCACAGGCAGAGAAAGAAGAAGCAAAGAAAUGACCAGGAGAAGAAUUGUUUGAAAACAAGUUUCUUUCGGAGCCAAGUGAGGGUGAAGAGGGAAACAAGAGCCGAGAAGCAAGAGAAAAUCAAUCAAGUGUGAUACAAAAGCAAUAAUAAUAACGAAGCGAAGGAAGAAUAAGACGGGCAGAUAAAUUGAAAGAAGAGUUAUGAAGUAGUUAAAAACAAAGUAUAAAACAAUAUCAAAAGUGACGUUAAGAAAGCAAAAACUUGAAGAGGAAAGUUUAAAAAUAUAUAGUUAAUGAAUGCUGAAAAUUCUAGUUGAUAACUGUAAACAGUUUUUUCUGUAAUAAACUUCCAGUAAACAUAAGAAAACAGCUGUAAAUAAA